GGGGAGGGAGGUAGCAAAGAGGGAAGGAGCGAGGAAAGGAAAGCCGGGAAGGGAGGAAGGAAACGAACGAGGGGGAGGGAGGUUUUGGAGGAGCUGGGAGCGUUGCCGGCCCCCGAAGUGGAGCGAGAGGGAGGUGCUUCGCCGUUUCUCCUGCCGGGGGAGGUCCCGGCUUCCCGUGGAGGCUCCGGACCAAGCCCCUUCAGCUUCUCCCUCCGGAUCGAUGUGCUGCUAUUAACCCGUGAGGAGGCGGCGGCCGCAGAAGAUGGUGUUGCUGAGAGUGUUAAUUCUGCUUUUCUCCUGGGCGGCGGGACUGGGAGGUCAGUAUGGAAAUCCUUUAAAUAAAUACAUUAGACAUUAUGAAGGAUUGUCUUAUGAUGUGGAUUCAUUACACCAAAAACACCAGCGUGCCAAAAGAGCAGUCUCACAUGAGGACCAGUUUUUACGUCUAAAUUUCCAUGCCCAUGGAAGACAUUUUAACUUACGCAUGAAGAGGGACACGUCCCUUUUCAGUGAUGAAUUUAAAGUAGAAACAUCAAAUAAAGUACUUGAUUAUGAUACCUCUCAUAUUUACACUGGACAUAUUUAUGGUGAAGAAGGAAGCUUUAGCCAUGGAUCUGUUCUUGAUGGACGAUUUGAAGGAUUCAUCCAGACUCGUGGUGGCACAUUCUAUGUUGAGCCAGCAGAAAGAUAUAUUAAAGACCGAACUCUGCCAUUUCACUCUGUCAUUUAUCAUGAAGAUGAUAUUAACUAUCCCCAUAAAUAUGGCCCACAGGGGGGUUGUGCAGAUCAUUCAGUAUUUGAAAGAAUGAGGAAGUACCAGAUGACUGGUGUAGAGGAAGUAACACAGACAUCUCAAGAACAUGCUGUUAAUGGUCCACAACUCCUGAGGAAAAAACGUACAACAUCAGCUGAAAAAAAUACUUGUCAGCUUUAUAUUCAGACUGAUCAUCUGUUCUUUAAAUAUUAUGGAACACGAGAAGCUGUGAUUGCCCAGAUAUCCAGUCAUGUUAAAGCGAUUGAUACAAUUUACCAGACCACUGACUUCUCUGGAAUCCGUAACAUCAGUUUCAUGGUGAAACGCAUAAGAAUCAACACGACUGCUGAUGAGAAGGACCCUACAAAUCCCUUCCGUUUCCCAAAUAUUGGUGUUGAAAAAUUUCUGGAAUUGAAUUCUGAACAGAAUCAUGAUGACUACUGUUUGGCCUAUGUCUUCACAGACAGAGAUUUUGAUGAUGGUGUUCUUGGUCUGGCUUGGGUUGGAGCACCUUCAGGAAGCUCUGGUGGAAUAUGUGAAAAAAGUAAGCUCUAUUCAGAUGGCAAGAAGAAGUCCUUAAACACUGGAAUUAUUACUGUUCAGAACUAUGGGUCUCAUGUACCCCCCAAAGUCUCUCACAUUACUUUUGCUCAUGAAGUAGGACAUAACUUUGGAUCUCCUCAUGAUUCUGGAACAGAGUGCACUCCAGGAGAAUCUAAGAAUUUAGGACAAAAGGAAAAUGGCAAUUACAUCAUGUAUGCAAGAGCAACAUCCGGGGACAAACUUAACAACAAUAAAUUCUCACUCUGUAGUAUUAGAAAUAUAAGCCAAGUUCUUGAGAAGAAAAGAAACAACUGUUUUGUUGAAUCUGGCCAACCUAUAUGUGGAAAUGGAAUGGUAGAGCAAGGUGAGGAAUGUGACUGUGGCUAUAGUGACCAGUGUAAGGAUGAGUGCUGCUAUGAUGCAAACCAGCCAGAGGGCAAAAAAUGCAAGCUGAAGCCUGGGAAGCAGUGCAGUCCAAGUCAAGGUCCCUGUUGUACAGCACAGUGUGCAUUCAAGUCAAAAACUGAGAAGUGUCGGGAUGAUUCUGACUGUGCAAAAGAAGGAAUAUGUAAUGGCAUCACAGCUCUCUGCCCAGCAUCUGAUCCUAAACCAAACUUUACAGACUGUAAUAGGCACACACAAGUGUGCAUUAAUGGGCAAUGUGCAGGGUCUAUCUGUGAGAAAUACGGCUUGGAGGAGUGUACCUGUGCCAGUUCUGACAGCAAAGAUGAUAAGGAGUUAUGCCAUGUCUGCUGUAUGAAGAAGAUGGAGCCAUCAACUUGUGCCAGUACAGGGUCUGUGCAGUGGAGCAAGCACUUCAUUGGUCGAACCAUCACCCUGCAACCUGGAUCCCCUUGCAAUGAUUUUAGAGGCUACUGUGAUGUUUUCAUGCGGUGCAGACUGGUAGAUGCUGAUGGCCCUCUAGCUAGGCUUAAAAAAGCAAUUUUUAGUCCAGAGCUCUAUGAAAACAUUGCUGAAUGGAUUGUGGCUUAUUGGUGGGCUGUAUUACUUAUGGGAAUUGCCCUGAUUAUGUUAAUGGCCGGAUUUAUUAAGAUAUGCAGUGUUCAUACUCCAAGUAGUAAUCCAAAGUUGCCUCCUCCUAAACCUCUUCCAGGCACUUUAAAGAGGAGGAGGCCUCCACAGCCCAUCCAGCAGCCCCAGCGUCAGAGGCCCCGGGAGAGUUAUCAGAUGGGACACAUGAGACGUUAACUGCAGCUUUUUGCCUUGGUUCUUCCUAGUGCCUACAAUGGGAAAACUUCACUCCAAAGAGACACCUAUUAAAUCAUCAUCCCCAAACUCAACCCUCACAAAUAACAGUCGAAGAAAAAAAUGGCAAGAGAUCGUGUCCUCAGACCAGGUGGAAUUACUUAAAUUUUAAAGCCUGAAAAUUCCAAUUUGGGGGUGGGGGGUGGAAAAGGAACCCAAUUUUCUUAUGGACAGAUAUUUUUAACUUAAUGGCACAAAGUCUUAGAAUAUUAUUAUGUGCCCUAUGUUCCCUGUUCUUCGUUGCUGCAUUUUCUUCACUUGCAGGCAAACUUGGCUCUCGAUAAACUUUUAUCACAAAUUGAAAUAUAUAUAAAUAUAUUUUUUUCAACUGCCAAUCAAGGCUAGGAGGCUCGACCACCUCAACAUUGGAGAUAUCACUUGCCAAUGUACAUACCUUGUUAUAUGCAGACAUGUAUUUCUUACGUACACUGUACUUCGUGUGCAAUUGUAAACAGAAAUUGCAAUAUGGAUGUUUCUUUGUAUUAUAAAAUUUUUCCGCUCUUAAUGAAAAAUUACUGUUUAAUUGACAUACUCAGGAUAACAGAGAAUGGUGGUAUUUAGUGGUCCAGGAUUCUGUAAUGCUUCACACAGGCAGUUUUGAAAUGAGAAUCAAUUUACCUUUUUCUUAUGAUGGAGUUGGUUCUGAUAAUCGUUUUGUCUUUGUCAAAUGGCUGCUAAGAGCACAUGAGUGACUACGCUGAAGAACACACAUUUCAAGAGUUGUGCAGACUGGACACAUGCAGCAUACUACUUCAGAAUUCUUUAUGUAAAUGUCUGAUAUCUGCUUACUUAUUUUAAACUAAUUCAAUUCCAUUGUUGAAUUGAUAGGUGAUGUUUUAUUCAUGCUUUGGUAGAAAUUAUGUCAGUGGAAUGAUUCUUUUUAUUUGUAGCCUCUUUUUUAUGUUUUCCAUAUAUCUCAAGUAUGCUACUUAUGUUUUUGGUUUUGUCUGAUAUGGAAAAGAAAAGUUGUGUCUUUAUCAAAAUAUUUGAACGUUUUUUUUUAGCAUAUCAUCACUGAUCAUUGGUAACCACUAAAGAAGAGUGAUUUGCUCAACUCAUAGUUAGAACUGUAGAUAGACCUUCUGAUGUUUUUUUCCAUAAAAUAUUUUAACAGCAGUGAAGAUGAAACAGCACAAUGUCCCAUUCCAAAUUUAUUUUUUAAACAGUUGUGAAUAAUUGGCUUUUUAAAGAAAGAAAGCAGAAGCGUUUAAUGUAUUAACAGGCUUAUUGCUAUGCAGGAAUGGAAGGGGGCAUUACAAAAAUAUUUUAAGCUUGUGACAUAUUUAUUGCUUAUGUUUUCCAACUACAUCAACUUAAAUUAGAAGUAAACAGCUAUGAUUUUCCUGGCUUCAUAUAGGAGGCCAAUUUAGAACAAGUUGAAAAGAUUUGUGUUUUGGCUUUUUUUUUCCUUUUUUCUUAAGAGUAUAAGGUUUACACAAUCAUUCUCAUAAUGUGACGCAAGCCAGCAAGGCCAAAAAUGCUAGAGAAAAUAAUGGGAUCUCUUCCUUGUAAACUUGUACAGUAUGUGGUGACUUUUUUCAAAAUACAGCUUUUUGUACAUGAUUUAGAGACAAAUUUUGUACAUGAAACCCCAGAUAGACUAUAAAUAAUUCUAAACAAACAAGUAGGUAGAUAUGUAUGUAAUUGCUUUUAAAUCAUUUAAAUGCCUUUGUUUUUGAACUGUGCAAAGGUUGGAAGUGGGUUUGCAUUUCUAAAAUGACUUUUAUUCUGCAAGAGUUCUUAGUAACUUCUUGAGUGUGGUAGACUUUGGAACAUGUACAUUUUUUGCUUGUAAUGUUAUCCUGUGGUAGGGUUUUGGCAGGUACACCCUGCCCCUAUUUUAUUUUGAGUCUAAGUUAAAUGUUUUCUGAAAAGAGAUAUGUGCACUGAACUCUUCCCACUGCAAAUUAAGAUGUGGUAAAACAAAAGGAUCAAGACAAAUGAGAUCUAAUACUACUGUCAGUUUAAUGUCCACUGUGUUUUAUACAGUAUCUUUUUGUUCACUUUGGAAAUUUUUACUAAAAAUUGCAAAAAAUAAAGUAUUGUGAAAAGAUGUAAGGUUUUUUGAAACUUGAAAUGCAUUAAUAAAUAGACUUGAUUAAAUCAA